AGUUAACUACGCAUGCGUCGGGUCAAUUAUCGGCUGUUUUCGAUGGAUGAAUGUCAGAUUUAGAAACAAAUGAAUUCUUUUCUGUGACAGACUCGAAAUCGGGUCUAAUUCCGACCCGAAAAUCAUCUGAUUAAUGGCUAAACUCAAGAAACAUUCAAGAACUCUUCCCUCGUUCUCAAUAAACUUCGCAAAUUGAAAUAUUUACGCUUCGUAAUUUAGGCUUAGUGAAUCGAGCGAUUAUUUGAGAUUAAACAGAAAACAAAAUGUCAGAAGUGAUCAGUUACAGUACUGAUAUGGUAUGUUCUAAAAAACAAAUCAAAUCCGUUAGUUCGGAAUGUGUAAAAGUUAUCGUCAGAUGUCGUCCCAUGAGUGAGAAAGAAGUCGGAGAAGGAUAUGAUAGAGUUGUUGACAUGCAUCCAGAAAGAGGUGUUGUAGAAGUUAGAAAUCCUAAACAUAUAAAUGGAGAACCAUAUAAACAGUUUACAUUUGAUGCUGUAUUUGAUUGGAAUGCAAAGCAAACAGAUCUCUACGAUGAGAUAUUUCGACCUUUAGUUGAAUCUGUUCUAGAAGGAUUUAAUGGGACGAUAUUUGCUUAUGGACAGACUGGAACUGGCAAAACUUACACAAUGGAAGGUGUAAGGAAUGACCCAGAGAGAAGAGGCGUUAUCCCAAAUUCUUUCGAGCAUAUAUUUAAUCACAUAGCUCGGUCACAGAAUCAACAGUACUUAGUGAGGGCAUCAUUUCUUGAAAUUUAUCAGGAAGAAAUUAGAGAUUUAUUAGCUAAAGAUCAGAAUAAACGAUUAGAAUUAAAAGAAAGACCAGAUACUGGUAUUUAUGUAAAGGAUUUAUCGACAUUUGUAUGCAAAAGCGUGAAAGAAAUUGAACAUGUGAUGACUAUUGGCAAUCAAAACAGAGCCGUGGGAGCAACAAAUAUGAAUUUGCAUAGUUCGAGGUCACAUGCAAUAUUCAUCAUUACAAUCGAACACAGCGAGCUUGGUAUAGAUGGACAACAUCAUAUAAGAGUGGGAAAAUUGAAUCUUGUAGAUUUGGCAGGAAGUGAAAGACAAGCUAAGACUGGGGCUGUUGGAGAAAGACAGAAGGAAGCUAUCAAAAUAAACUUAUCUCUCUCUGCUCUUGGAAAUGUGAUAUCUGCGCUUGUGGACGGUAAAAGUUCGCACAUUCCGUAUCGAGAUUCAAAAUUAACAAGGCUUCUUCAAGAUUCUCUUGGAGGAAAUGCCAAAACUAUCAUGGUAGCUAAUAUAGGACCCGCAAGCUAUAAUUAUGAUGAAACAUUAAUAACUCUCAGGUAUGCAAACCGAGCUAAAAACAUAAAGAAUAAACCUCGUGUUAAUGAAGAUCCAAAGGAUGCUCUAUUAAGAGAAUUUCAGCAGGAAAUUUCCAGAUUAAAAACCCAAUUGGCCUCGAGAAUUGGGAAACGAAAGAAAAAACGACAUUUCAAAGGAGAUGGUACAACUGAUGGAGAAUAUGAAGAUGUCGAAAUAGAUUCAGAUAUUUAUAGCGAGGAAGAAUUUCUUAAAGAACAGGAAGCAAAGCUUCAAGAAGAACGGAAAAAUGUUUUAAGUGACCAGAACUUAAUUGCAGAAGAAAAAGAAAAGCUCUUAAAUGAAAUGCAGAAUCGUCAAGAGCAAAUUCGAAAGGAACAAGAUGCGAGGGACAUGCUUGCUACUAAAAUAAAGGCAAUGGAAAGUAAAUUGUUAUCCGGAGGUAAAAACAUCAUCGAUCACACUAAUGAACAACAAAGAGCACUUGAACAGAGAAGACAGGAGAUAGCAGAACAGAAACGCCGUGAACGAGAAAUGCUUCAAAAAUUAGAGGAUAAAGAAGAGGGGAAUUUAGAGAUUAAAGAAACUUUUAGUUCACUACAGCAAGAAAUUGAAAUUAAAACAAAGAAGUUGAGAAAGUUGUUUGCGAAACUGCAAGCAGUUAAAGCCGAAAUACAAGAUCUUCAGGAAGAACAUUCGCGAGAACGUCAAGAAUUAGAAAUGACUCAGAAUGAAUUGACUAAAGAAUUGAAAUUGAAAUACCUUAUAAUAGAGAACUUCAUUCCGUUAGAAGAGAAAAAUAAAGUUUUGAGCCGCGUGGUGUUCGAUGAAGACGACGACCAAUGGAAGUUGAUGUCAAUAUCACAAGUCCCUAAUACUCAGACCUCGGAAAAGAGGCCCGUAUCUACGACGGGAAGCCGUCGUCCCGUCUCCCAGUACGCAAGAAUGGCUUCUUCUAUGGGUGGAAACCCACGUUAUAAGGGAGAAAACAUCUUGCAAGUGGAAUUAGAUAUGCCGAAUCGUACCACACGCGACUACGAUGCACCAGUAGUUGCACCUCACUUACAGGCGGCUUUAGUCGACGCUCUCAGAGAAGAGGAUGAUGUCAAUAUCGAUGCUAGUCUAAGCGUAUUUUCUCUGGACAACAAAAUUAGAAUAGGACGACGAGAUGGUAUGCAUCUCAAAAAUAAUCGACCAAGUACAGGAAAACAACACCCCCAAUCCCAACAGCCAGACACCACAUGUCGCUAUCCUCAACCCAGAGGAUUAGUCCCAAAAUAAACUUCCUCCCUACUUCCACGUCUCGUAAAAACCAUUCCAAGUUCUUGCAUGCUGCGUACUUCCAAAGUUUUUGCAAAAACGAAAGAAACUGUUUUCCGCACGGUACGUCGGCGUGCCGCUUCGGCAUAUUUCGUGAUGGAACGCUCGAGUCGAAAUGCUGCGAACGGAACCGGUCACGCUUUGGGAAUGACGUUCCAAUUUCGCAGCCGUUCGAAUUCUGGCAGUCUUUCCCAGAACACUACUCCCUUCGGUCGGUUGACAGGUACCAAAAAGGCAACCUCUCGCGGCAACACAAGUGGCAUAGCAAUUCCAGCUUGUGCAGCCUGAAAUGCAUGGAACAGAACAGAACCUCAUCGUGGCAAAAGAAGAUUCCUGACUCAAAGCGUUUCGCCAAUCGCAUAAACCUCUCUUACAAAUACAAAACAUACAACUCGUCUCCGGACUUGAGCGAAAUUAAUUCAAAAUUGAAGAAAAAGAUGUUCGGAGGAGCAGAAGACGGCAUUAGGAAACAAUUUUGGAAAUCCCGAGGUACCUCGUGGCCUUUGAAAAAUUGCGAGAAUUCUCUGGAGCGGAACUGUGGCUUAUUUCUCAUCCUUCAAUUUGUAAUGAUAGUAUUGUUUGUUUUUCAAAUCAUUGUCUUACUAAAGUCUUUGAUAAAUGGUAGGUAGCAGAAUUUCCACACUUUUUUAUCGUUUCCUUUGGGUUGGAUAGAGAUUUUCGACUAGUCAUACUUUGCCCAUGAACACUUUGUAUGGUACGUGACCCUUUUUUUACAUAAAUAUGUACAUAAAAAUAUAUACAUACAUAUAUAUUUUGGGUAUGUAUUAUAUUUUUUAAGCACAAAUUUUAUUAUUUGAGAUUUCCACACAAAUGAAAACAAAAAAAUUAUAUACAUAUAUAUAGAUAUGUAUAAACGAGACUGUGAUUUACUUUAUUAAUGUCGUCGUCUGUCGCAUCGUCUUCGUUUGCAAACGGCAUGCAAGCAACUUGUAAAAGGUGUUUAACGUUCUCUCUUUCGAUUUCUACUACAGGAAUGGGAGAUGUGCUGUCUGGCUGUCGGUACUCGGCUUAAUUUCGCACGCCCCGUGGGGCACGAUCGCUACAAACUCAGGUCUUUAUUUAUUUAUUGUACAGUGAUAGGUUCGGAUUAGAACAUUAGUUUUUCGUUUCAAAAUUGGCCCCAGCCGAUUUUUAGGUGUAGUCAGAAGGCUUCGCGAGCAGUUUGCGUGUGAUACACUUUCAUCGGUGCAAUAUUUCAAAACGUUUUAUAGGUGUACUUAACGUUGUUUUUUCCCCAGUGCAAACCAAUUUGUUUUCAGUUGAUGUGUUUAUUUAUUGCCUUCUUAGCGUAAUCGUCCAUGAAAAGUUCCUAUUACGAACGUUCUGUCGGUCAGAUUUCGUCGCACGACUUAGCUUCGUUAUUUUCAUGUAAAUAGUUUGAGAAAAGAAAUUAUUUAUUUUGCAUUUUGUUUACAAACAUUCCCACCUUUUGUCAUUUUGUUUCGAAAGGCAUGAAAAUUUCCACUUUUGAAACUGUAUGUUUAUCGAUCAAAUAAAAAUAAAUAAUCAAUAUGGAAAAUUAGUGACUCGAGCAAAUGUUUGUUUAUUCAUUUUCUGUCUAUGGAAUAUUGCCUUGUUUGAUCAAACAGUAGAGCUUUAUAUUGAAGUCUACUCAAAACACAUAGGUAGUUCUGAAUAAGUUUGAAGCCUUUUUACUGGAAAUGUAGCGCAUGCUUCUGGCUGCUACUGCACAUUUUACAAUAAUUCAUAUUUACAAAAUUGACAAAGAGCAUUCGGAUGUUUUCACUUUGGGACUUCUUCACAUGGCCAAAUCGAGAAGAGACGUUCGUGUUUUUUGAAGCUGCAUCUCCAAUGUUUUAAAUUUGUUGGAUCACAAGCCAAAGUCAGUAGGAAUGAAGAAUUUCUUCAUCACACCAAAUCCUUCAACUCAAAUGGCAAGUGUUGAGUGUCGCAGUCAUCCAUUACUUGCAUCAUCUGCAAAGAUCCAAAAAGAAUGAUGGCAAAACUUACAUGGAAAAGGCAUUUGACAGGUGGAAGAAGCAAAUUUGCUAAAUUUAGACAAGUGUCAGGUAUACUUUCUUCAUUCUCUGCAAAAUUUGCUAAAUAAAACACACACACACACACAAUCCAGAAUACUGAGUAUGGAAAUUCACAGAAAUCUCUCCUCGAGGGUUUGUGUCUGUGGGCCAUUUGUCAGGAACUUGCACCUAUAGGAAUACUCGAAAGUAAAUAUCUAUGUUCCAAAACCAUUGUUUUAAGAGCACCUGCAAUGCAGAAACACCGCAAAAGCUCGUGCCCUCAAAUUAACCAAACUCCAUCUGUAGAUAGGAAUUAGCCACAUCCACAAAGGGUUGAGAUGCCACUCCAUUUGACCGAAACAUAAAUCAUUUAACCUCAAAGUGCCAAAAUUAUACAGUGUUUGGAGAUGGGUGUCGAAACUGCGUGGUUGUUGGACAAUUUAUGGAAGUAAAGGACAUGGAACAAAUAGAAGACUUUAAGUGUCUGUUACACUGAUGUGACUAGUAGUAAACUUGUUCGAAAAUAACUGAAAAUCUUGUGUAUAAACUAAUAAUUCAGUACAGAAGCUAGUCAAUCUGCAGUUUUAACAAUCAAGUUUAUAAAAUAAUGCAAUGACCGUCAACAGAUAUCACUUGAUAUUGAAAGUAACUAUGAAUUUCUGUUGUGCCAUUUUCAAACUAUAACCCAGCUGCAUAAACGCAUCCCAUAAACACAGGGAUCUGUUGCAUAUUGAUACAAAUUUCUUGGGUGAGAGCAUAGCCAAUCUUCACAAAAAUACUAGUAAUUGGUCUUAGCAUCUGUACAGUAGACCCCCUAUAACGCUUAGAUAUGUUCCACGU